CCUCUUGGAGCCGCCUCGGUGCGGGUUGACGUUACUCGGACAGCGCCAGCUCACAAUAGACUUCUCGCUCGGUCCCGGUGGCUUCGUGUUAUUAUUUGCCCGCAGUGAAGGCUCUCUCUUCCCGGUAGGCGUGUUUUUGUUUCUGUGUGUUGCGGUACUCGGCGGAAUCAUUUGCGGUGAUGUGACUGUGGAAAACAAGUGACCCGCCUAAUAAGAGUUCCAAGUGCCUCCGUGGGAGCGAAGCGACAAGCAGGAAACAGCCCGAGGUGUCGACCUCCUUACCCCUCGUGAACCCUCGAUCGCGUCACGGCGGGGCGGCUGUGAGAAGUGGACCCUUCUGUUCGGUUUCUAUCGCUCACUCUUCCUGUCGCCAUGGAACAAGUUGGGCUCUGUGGCGCAUAGAUACAACCUGGCGCGGUUUUAAAUAUUUUUUUGCGGUCAUUACAAGCUCUUGGGCACCGCGAGGAACCACCAUGAGGAAUACAGAGGAGGCGGAGGGCUUGGACGGCGAGGCCUCCAACACAUCCAUGAUCUCUGGGGCUAGCAGCCCCUACCAACCUACCACCGAGCCAGUCCACGCGAGGAGUGUUUUGGGGGGCAUUCGGUGUGAUGUGGACUACCUCAAGUCUUACUUUGGCAUUUUAAAGGCGGUCGAAGUGGUCCUCUCACUGAUCGGCUUCAUCUGCAUCGAAACCAUCAUGAUGUGUUCCCCGUGCGGCGGCGUCUACUUCUUCGAGUUUGUCAGCUGCACCGCCUUCGUGGUCACCGGCGCGCUCUUGGUGAUUUUCUCUCUCAACGUGCACACCAAAGUGCCCCACGUCAACUGGAACCUCACGGAUUUGGGCAACACGGCAGCCAGCACCUUCCUCUUCUUCUUGUCAUCGCUCGUGCUUGCGUGCAUAAACCACAAGACCGGAGCUGAAAUCGCGGCAGUGACCUUCGGCUUCCUGGCUACAGGUGUGUACGGCCUAAACACUUUCCUGGCAGUGCGGCGGUGGCGCCGCGGCAACGGCAGUCAGAGAGCGGCUCAGAGCAGCGAGUACAUGCGGGCGCGCACGGCCUCUCGUGGCGAAAUGGAAGCACGGCCCGAACUGGCCUGAGCAGACGAUCCGAAUGGAAAUCGCAUCACCGACAGCUGACGGAGAGGCAACUUCGCCGCGAGUGGGAACGGGCGCCUCAACUCGUGCGUCGGCGCGACAUGGCAACACUUUGGCUCGCCUUCCUGAGCCGCAGAUGUGCUUCCCGCUUUGCUGACCAGGAAUCCAAUACAAACAUUCCAGAAUAAAGAGGCUCACGGAAAGGAAUGGAAACAAGUCACAUUUUUGAACGCCGUGUGUCUCCACAUCUGCAUUUUGCAGGACCUCCACGGAGAUCCAAACAGGCUUUCUUCACAUCAACCUGUCCUGACUCCACUUUGGAACUUUUCAAAUGUUAGCUUCUGACUGUAAAGGGUUUUGGGAAGGCACAAGUUGAGCCCUGCGAGUCGCUUUUGUCACUUUGUCUGUGAGUGGUGAUGAUGAACAAGCCCACACGUUGCGAUAUGGAUCAGUAACACAACUGUUCUUUCAUCUACUGACACCAACGGUUGGCCGGACACGACUGAGAAGAGUGUAUUUCAUUGCUUGAAUGUACUCGCGCUGAUUUAGUUCAUUCCUUCGUCUUGACGAACUGCCUUUAGAAUCUGUGAUGUUUCGCCACUAAUAGAACUUUGCUGUGUGCAAUCACUUAGUCUGUUUUGAGCUCAGAUUAUUAUUGUUUGUUAGUUGUUUUUUUUUUUUAGUAACAAGUCGAAGUAAUUCCAUGCGUUUAUACUUAGCUAAAAACAUGGUUAUCGCCAGUACCAUGUUUCAAUUCGUUUUAUGUCAACACUGUGAGUAAAUACUACGAGGCAAGAAGGCUUAAUUUACAUUUGUGUCUCGUCUCCCUUUUGCACACGUCAACCGCUUCACAAAGUGACGACAGCAGAGUAGAUCUUUUUUUAAAACAAACACAGUAUGUUUGUAGCACAUAGCGUGGAAGGCCCCAUUCGAUACUGCGUCUCAGGUGUCGGCACACCCCUGCUAAUGCGGACGUUUGCAUGACAAUCUAGUGUGCUUCAGUGUAAGCGCUUUUCUUGUGCUCGGUCCAUUCGAGAGGGAUGGCUUUUGUUUUUCUUUUUUUUUUUUUUGCUCUGAUACUGUUUUUUCGGUGGUGUGGUGUGUUAUUUUUUUUUCCAUUCCGUUUUGAUUUUGGUUCAUUUGAAAGCAUAUAGUUAACCCUUGCAUCCAAUCACUUGAUAAAACAAUCAGUCUUUGACACUCCACGAAUGUUUUUAAAGGUCAAAGUGACCCAAGAGUGAAUGAACUGGAGACGUACUUCUUUGAACACUUCACAGAAAGCCCUGCUUGGAAACACUUGACUGAUCGAGUGUAUGCUUACUCUUUAGUGCCACCUUUUGGUCUCUCUAAAAUGUACUCCAGUAACCUUAUCCACACACAAAAAAAAAACCCUACCAUGUACACAACCCCAUUCCACACGAUUCUCUUUUAUGCAUUCACAUUAUAUCAUUAAUACAGCGAGAGUCACUACAUGUAUUUAUUUUACGUUCCUUUUAUGUUAAUCCUGUUAUUAAACUAACUGAACCAAA